AUGGCACUAACAAAUCGUCUUCGAAGUGAUGCAGGCAAAGUCAAUGAUGAUUUCACACAAAAUACCGAGCUUAGGUGGCGGCAAGUAUACUAUGUUUUUAUCGAUUAUCGAAUCUAUUUCUAUGCUCUGAUUUAUACCUGCAUUUCUGCUGUUAAUAAAUAUCUUACAUCGUUUCUUCCAUUACUAUUAGUCGAUGGUAUGGGUUCUUAUCAACCAAAAGUACAUUUAAUGAUAGUACCACUGUACGUUAUCGCAUGUAUUUUCUGUUUACUGAUUGCUUAUUCAUCAUCACGUUGGAAUAAUCAUGGUUAUCAUCUAGUACUGUGUCUAGUAGUGGCAUUGCUUGGAAUCAUUCUAAUGAUUGCUCUGAUCGAUGGUGGAACAGUAGCCAUCUAUACCAGUAUUUGUAUCGCUUGUACUGGAGUAUUGUCAGCAUUUUCUCUUGUUGUCUCUUGGUUAACAAAUAAUAUCGACGGCCAAACCAAGAGACCAAUGGCUGUUGGCUUUAUUAUGGGAAUCGGUCAGAUUGGUGGUAUAAUAUUACCUUUGGUGAGAUUUCUACUUAUUUAUCAUGAUAAUCUGUCAAACAAUCGUCGCGCAUGUUGUAUUUGUAUUGGAAUAAUAACUGUUAGCUUAAUUGCUACUCUUGUUCUUCGCUAUUGCCUGAUGUUAGAAAAUCGACGACGAGACCGUUUAACAUCAGAACAAUUUAAACGUGAAGAAGCUAUCAAAGAACCUUGUGAUUGGCAUCCAAGUCGACGAUAUGUUUUGUAA